UAUUCUCAGCCAGAUAACAUGCCUUGAUUUGGUGCUUUUCUCAAUAAAGCUUUGCACUUUGCACUCGAGAGUAUGUUUGCAGGAUUUUCAUCUGGAACACUUCCAGUGGAAUCGCUUUCUAGCAAGCAUAUUGUCAGUAUUCAUCAGAUCCAUCAUGGCUGAGGAGAUGGAGACGAAUGAGAUGGUCGAGGCGUCAGCGCCGAUGGCACAGAAUGGCAAGCUGGCGUACUUUUAUGUGGAGAAAAAAAUCGGGAAGGGACAGUUCUCUGAAGUGUACAGGGCCAAACACAAAAUAGACGAAGGAAUUCUAGCGCUAAAGAAGGUUCAGAUCUUUGAGAUGAUGGAUGCGAAGGCCAGAAAUGACUGCAUGAAAGAAAUUGAUUUGUUGAAGCAACUGGAUCAUCCGAAUGUGAUCAAGUAUUUGGAUUCGUUCAUAGAGAACAACGAGCUGAACAUUGUGCUGGAGCUUGCAGACGCAGGCGAUCUACAACGCAUGAUCAGGCACUUCAAGCGUCAGUGCCGGCUCAUCCCAGAGAAAACCAUCUGGAAGUAUUUUGUACAGAUCUGCUCGGCCCUGGACCACAUGCACUCCAAGAGGAUCAUGCACAGAGAUAUCAAGCCAGCCAACGUGUUCAUCACGGCUCAGGGUGUGGUCAAGCUGGGAGACCUGGGACUUGGACGUUUCUUCAGCUCCAAGACAACAGCCGCUGUCUCUCUAGUUGGCACGCCCUACUACAUGUCGCCGGAGCGCAUCAACGAGAAGGCCUACAACUUCAAGUCAGACAUUUGGUCUCUGGGCUGUCUGCUCUACGAGAUGGCGGCCCUGCAGUCCCCGUUCUAUGGAGACAAGAUGAACCUUUUCUCGCUGUGCAAGAAGAUAGAACAGUGUGACUACCCCCCUCUGCCUGCCGACUGCUACUCUGAACAG